GAAAGAUUGUAUGACCUUCUCUCCCAAUCUCCCAUAGGACCUUAAACAUGUCAUUACAGGAUGAGUUGUUGGCCGAUUUUGCAAGCAGUGAUGAGUCAGAUCCAGAAUUGGCCGUGCCAACGGUGGAUCUGAUCGCAACAGAAGAAGUGACACAAGCGUUAAACGUCGAUGUCGAAACGUAUCUCAAGCAAGACAGAGAAUUAACCACCCAGGAUCUACUCAAACUGGUUGAUUUGGGGCGUGUGUCUGACAUAAAGUCGCUAUCCAAGCUACAGCCCAUCCUCGAACCGGUGCUUACCCAAAUUGGCCGCUACGACGCUGAGGCCUCCGGUACGCGUGCUAACUUUUCGCAGGAGUACGAAUUUCUCAUUAAGUGCAAUGACUUGUCGUCAGACAUUAUUGCCGAAAUCCAGCUCAUUCACAAACAUGUGACGUUAGCGUAUAGUCCUAUCUUCCCAGAAUUGGAGACAUUUAUCCAGAACCCAGUAAUCUACUCGAAAACGGUGCGAGUGCUCAGCUGUGACCUCUCCUCGGUAGAGGAUCCAAUAAAGGUUGGGGAAUUGAGGACUUUUUUAUCCGGAGAGCAGGUGCUUGUUCUAACAAUGGCUGCGCUCCAGCAGAAGAAACAAACGCACAACCUCCUUAAUCAGAUAUCCACCCAGUUGAUCAUGGAUAUCUGCGAUAUGGUGAUCGAUUUGGAGCAGACACGGAAUACCAUCACACACUACGUCUCCUCGCGUCUCAGUCUCUUUGCCCCGAAUAUCACCACAAUCGUGGGGUCGUACACCGCUGCCCAGCUCAUCUCCGUGUUGGGCGGCCUCAAGACGCUCGCCGCUACGCCUUCGUGCAAUAUACCGUCCUUGGGAAGCAACCGCCAGAUAGGGAUUGGGUUUGGUAACGUGGGGGUUAGACAGAAGGGAUUCUUGUACAACUGUGACAUGGUACAGCAGUUUCCGGAGGAUUUACGGAAGCAGGCCAUGCGGAUUAUCAGCGGAAAGUUGGUUCUCGCCGCCAGAGUAGACUUGGCCAACUCUGCCACAAGUGCAGCGCAAUCCAACAACAGCUUGGGAGUCAAGUGGAGACAAGAGAUUAUAGAGAAGCUCGAGAAGUUGGCUACGCCGCCAGAUGACGUGGGCGUGAAGCCGCUCCCAAUCCCGGUAGACACAACGUCGAAGAAGAGAGGUGGCCGGAGAUACAGAAAGUUUAAGGAGCAGUUUGCAAUGUCUGACUUGCAGAAAGCCGCGAAUAGAAUGGAGUUUGGCACAAUGGAAACCACUGUCACCGAUGCCUUUGGCCGAGAUAUCGGGUUGGGGAUGGCAGCCAGACACGAAGCCGGCACUGGUAGGAUUCGCAAGGCCAAGGCCGAAAGCAAUAACAAGCCAAAGAUGUCCAAGGCCAUGGCUGAAAGAUUAAAGUAGGAUAUA